UUGUGUUCUUUUUGUGUGUUCUGCAGAAAGAUGAGAUAUUUUUCUCUGAAAUGUUUGCAAGAUUGAAUGAUGAAGCUACAGCUGAUGAGCAACUACGUGAACUGGUGAAGUUUUUUCGGGAAUUCUUCGCCUUUUCUUUAGCGUUACCUGAGAAUAGACGUGAAUUUCUCAGCACUUUGUCCAAGUUUAAAAUUCUUAGAACUCUUAAAAGGUUAAUGGGAGUGAAUGAUCUGCAAGUUAGAUCCGGUGCUACAGAUAUAUUGUCUUAUAUAGGAUACUUUCAUCCAUUCAAGAUCCACAACUUUAUACUGAAAGAGGCCCGUCAGAUUGACAAUAAAAACCCGCUCCUCAUUGUGAUCAUUGAGCAGCUGAUCAACAAUUCUGACCCGGGACUUGGAGGAGAUAGUCAGCUAAAGAAGAUUUUCUAUAUUCUGAUUGAUCCAGAGAAUAUGCGGCAUCAUAUUAGUAAUUUAGAUUUAUUUCAGUUUCUCGAUUUCUUCUACGACCGUUGCAUUCCCAUUCUUACUGCACCACUUCUGGCUGAUACAUCAGAAAAUUCCUAUGACAAAGAUUAUCAAAGAGCAGAAAUCCUUGCUUUAGUUUUGGAGGUGCUAUCUUUUUGUAUGCAACGGCACAGACAUCACAUGAAGAAGUAUGUUACAAGCAAAGAUCUGCUAAGAAGAGUCCUGGUAUUGUUGAAAUCCAAGCACAAAUUUCUGGCCUUGGCUGCUCUUCGGUUUAUGAGGAGGAUGAUUGCCAUGAAAAAUGACGUUUACAACCGUUACAUCAUCCAAUGUAACCUCUUUGAGCCGGUUGUGAAUGCUCUGCUGGACAAUGGGACUAGGUACAACUUGUUUAACUCUGCCUUGCUGGAGCUGUUUGAAUUCAUCCUAGUGGAAGGCAUCCAGUCCCUUAUUGAACAUCUAGUUGAGAACUUCUCUGAUAAGUUGGACUCUAUCCAAUAUGUUAGCACAUUCCAGAGACUGAAGGCAAAAUACAAGCAAGAAAAGAGCUCUCAAAGCCAGACACUGAACAGUGUCCCCUCUGUGUUGCCUGGCAAGGCAUUUGUCAGAGAUGAAACAGUCUCUGAGGUGGAAGAAGAACCAAUGGACAGUAAAGUUGAAGAGGAGGCAGCUCCGACACAAAGCUCCAGUGUCUCCACUACAACAUCCAUGCCCCUGACCAGAGUGAUGUCACCUGUCAAGAAAGGACUGUCUGAAAUAUUUAGUUUUCCUGAUGAUGAUGAUGAGGAGAGGGCACGUCCAAGGAAAAGAGCUCAUCUGGAUUCCCAAAUUAAACUGAAACUUUGAAAUAAGGAAUUUUGUGAUGAGUUUG